CGAUGGUGAAGUCUGCAUCGUGCUUAUUGUUCGUUGGUGUUUAAUCAGCUGGACUUCUUAUAUAGGGACCAUGCAGCUGCCAGCAGCAGAUCGACCUUGAUGAGAAGCCCCUGAGCCGUACGCGGACAUAACCACGUUAAGAGGACGCAGCGUUUGUUCAAGCGGUCAUGACAAAGAUGAUGGCUGAAGUCGAUGCCGACGUCGACGACUCGACCAACUUUCCGCCUCAAAAGCCACGUUCCGUGUUUCCUCUCUGCCCACAAAGCUUCAUCAGCGUCAGCCCAAGGAUCUACGUUUGCCGUCUUGACUUGCGCAAUAUUGUCGUGCAUGUUGUUCUUUCGUGCCACAGCCAUCUGUGCGUUCAAAUUUGUGGCAUAAAAAAAAGAGGCUAUCGUCAGGCACUCAACGCUGUCUCAUUCCGAGACCCGAGUUGUGCAAAGCGUCAGACAGGACACAAAGAUAAAAGCCCUGGAAGUUCCGCAUUUUCUACGUUGUUGGCCCCAGCUGGGCGCCCAAAGGCGCACCUUAGAUCCUCCGGCGGAACGACGGGAAACCCUCGCGUUCGAUUUCAACAGCGAAUAGGUUCUCUCCCGCUGAGCCUUGGCCAAGGAAACAUUUGUUUGAACAAUGAUGCCGUUUCAUUGGGUCCAGUAAUUUGUCCUGCUUCCGCUAGCGAAUCCUGCCGCGCCUCUUUCGGAAUAUGCAGCAGCGGAAGGUUUUGUUUAGGACCCUGAUACUUAUGAUUGCCCCUUUGAAAAAGACUUUGCUCCCCAUCGUAGGACGGCCGCUGUAUUUCUGUAGUUGGGGACGAAGCUCAUCGACGCGCGUGUACCGACGUCGCACCGCGCCGUACAAGACUACAAGCGCAUUGUUCCAAACGGUGUCUGCGUCGUUCAUAAGGGUUACUGCUUGCUUCUUCCCUCCUGAUUUAAGCGUAAGCUCGACUCCUUGGCAAGACAAAGUAAGCUAUUUGCGCGAGAGAAAAGGCUUGGAAAUGUUACUCCGGAUGCCCCAGCUAGCGUGACUCGUGUUGUCCUAACUAAUGGCCCACUUCCCCGCGUUUGGUUUAGAUCUUCUGAUCCUCGAGUUCACUCUCGCAUUCGAGUCGUAAAUUUGCAGAGGAGCCGCCAAUCUUUCGAUAGACAUUAAAUGAAUGUCCUCUUGCCUCCACCCCCCCAAGGUCUGAUUUGACGUUAUGCUCUCGACCUUCUCUCUUCCUGAUAAUAGUUAGGGUCACCCGACCCUGACCCCGAUCUCAUAGACCUUGUUGUUCUGUUACUCGAAUGAUCUUCUUUCUUCGUUGAAAAUGGCCUCUUCUCCUACUUCUACGUUGGUCGCCCUGAUCCCUGCUCCGUCCGGAUAUGUGGUCAACUUUGACGACCCACAAAGAAAAGCAGUUCCUGGCUGUUUCUGGAUCACAUCGAUUGGUCUUGUUCUGGCAACAUUCUUCUAUUUCAUGCGUGUAUACACAAAAGUGCGUAUUGUGAAGGAUUUUAAUGCUGAGGACUGGUGCAUAACGAUAUCAUUUUUCUUCAGCAUAUGUACACAAGCUUUGCUCUUCAAUUGCUGGGCGACCAAGACUUGCAUGGUUCAUGCUUGGGAGAUGCCUAUCUCGACCUACAAUAGAUUCGCUGCCAUUACAGUAGCUUCAGCCUCUCUCUAUGUGCCGUGCCUGACUUUUGCCAAGUAUUCCCUCUUGCUCUUUUACUACCGCAUGUCACAUCUGCGCUGGCUAAGAGUUGUGAGUGUGGCGGUCAUGGGCUUCAUCACUUGUUACAGCAUCGCCAACAUAUUUGCACUCAUUUUUCCGUGUCACCCAAUUGCAAAAACAUGGGAUGUCACAAUAACAGAAGGAUCUUGCAUAAAUCGAGGCGCGGUCUACAUUGUUACUGCUGUCACCAACAUUGUUACGGAUUUGCUUCUCCUCAUUAUACCCAUUCCCAUCGUUUGGAAGCUGCAGAUGCCGUUCAUCCAGAAGAUCGGCUUGGUUUUUAUCUUCAUCGUUGGAUCCCUCACCUGUAUUACUAGCAUCGUUCGCUUGACCACUUUGCUGCCCACGCUAACAUCCGUCGAUCAACCAUGGGCUGUGGCUAUCCCAAGCAUUUGGGCCGGCGUCGAAGCCAAUCUUGUCAUCAUCUGCUGCUCCAUACCCUCCAUUCGUCUUUUCAUUCGUCACUUCGCGCCACGACUCAUCGGUGAAUACUCUUUCAGUCGCACACGUGCAACGGGUACGAGUGGGAACGGGCGCAAUACACUUGGCAGCAUGGUCCACGACAAGUCGAAGGCACGGUCGAGCUAUGGAAGAAUGGGUACUUCUGACGCCGACGUCGACGUUGAGCUGCAAUCUACGGCUCCAAAGGUCUGGAGCGAAUGCCACCGCGCUUCUACGGGAAAGCGCGAUGAACAUGUCACGUAUAUCGAGGACUCAACACCGCCUAGCACACUCAAUGAGGAAGGGAUAACGGGUAUCAUCGUAACAAAGACGUUUGGGUAGCUAAAAAGAGCCUUUUGAUAUGGAUGUUAGAUGUAGAAAUAGACCUGACGUCGGGACAGGCCAGAACCUGCUAUCCGUCAAAUUCUCUGCUUUCGCAUUCACAUCAACCAAAGCG